CUGACUUUGUUGGAAAUUCGUCGGUUUGAACCGCUGUUGAAACUGGUGCAAGUUUUUGCUGCCUGGCUUUCUGAAAAGCGUGGUGUACUGAGCUGGAAUUCUAUUUCUAAGAUGUCUUCAGAUGAAGGUGAGGUUAGCAGCCCUGUUCUACCAAAAGAUUCUGAUCGUGGCAGUUCCGUGUCUUCUGAGUUACAGGAUGAAUAUGAGGAGCUGCUCCGCUACGCCGUCGUCACCCCCAGAUUUGACGCUGCUGCGUUUCGGCAGUCGCAGCUCUCCAUGCAGCAGUCCGCGGACGGGCGGGUUUCUGAGGCGGUGGGGGACGCCCUCUCUGAGCGUUCACACGAGCUGAGGGACGCCCUCUCAGUGCAUUCACACGGCUCCGUGUCUGAAACUGAAGACAGGAAGAGUUCUGACCAGGAGCCGGAGUUGAACAGAGCCUCUCCGAUGAAGUCGGACCCCGGGGCAAGUGGAGUCGAUGAUGUAUCCGAGAAGUCCCCCGUGGAGUCUGAGGCCGAGUCGGAGAGGGGGUUUGCUCGGUCGGGCAGGAGCAGCAGUCCAGAACUCCUGGUUUCCAUGGUGACCAAGAUGUUUGUCACUGAGGAGAACUUGGGCAGGAUGGAGAACAUUCUGGACACCUGGAGCAAUAACCUGAAGGUGAACGUGAUGGACGAGUUGCGGAAAUGGAAGGUGACCUUUGUGGAGCAGCACAGGCUGGAGUUGAGGAAGGAGAAGGAGAAGCAUGCGGCCCACGUGGCCGGCCUGACUGCGGAGAUGGACGGCCUGAAGGAGCUGCUGAACACCUACGAGACCUCCAAUCAGAGGAAAGACCAGGUGAUCAGUACUCUGAUGCAGAGGGUGGAGAGGGAGAGAGAAAGGGUGGAGAUGAUGAGGACCUUCACUCGGUGGAGGCUGCAGCAAAGCAACGCCCGGGAUGAGGCUCACGGGUGGAGGCUGGCGGAGCAGCACCACCGCCUGCAGCUGAAGAGGAAGGUGUGGGCGGGCUGGCACUCGCUCAUCCAGUCCAGGUGGAGGGAGCGGGUGGAGAGGGCGUGCCAGGCGCGGGCGGAGGAGGUCUGCGUGCGGCUGUCGGCGGACUACGACGCCAAGCUGGCGGAGGCGAGGGAGGCGCUAGAGAGGGCCCGGGUGGAGAUCCGGAGGCUGCAGCAAGAGCGGGAGCGCUACGAGGAGUCCAUGCGCAAGGCCUUCAUGCGCGGGGUGUGCGCCCUCAACAUCGAGGCCAUGAGCAUGUUCCACGCGCCGGACGACAGGCAGGAGAGAGAUGUCCCCACCCCGCGGGACGAGCCCGGCUCCAGCUCCUCGGUCCGCUUCCAGGCCCCGCCCACAUCCUCUGUUCGGUUCAGCCCUGCCCCGUCUGAGUCUCCUCCCCCUCCCCCCCUCCAGAGCGACUCUGAGGACAUGUUUGUGUCCCAGUCUGGAUCUGCCGCUGGUCCCUCCAGAACAGAUGGGCUCCCCUCCACUACGGUGGUGGACAGCGUCCUGCCACCAGGGGGCACUGUAACCUCCCACAGACAGGUCGCCCCUCCCCUUCAGCCCAGCGCACACAUGGUGACGUCCGGCCAGCAGAAAGCCGCCAAGACCAUCACGGCUCGCGUCACCGGCCGCGCGGACCUGGGCAAGGCCGGCCGCGUGUCCACCCAGCUCGCCGUCAUGGGCGUGGCCCCGCCCAUGAGCUCCGUCAUUGUGGAGCGACAUCACCCCGUCACACAGCUGACUGUAGGUCAGGCGACGGCGGCCCGCUUUCCCCGGCCCUCCCCGUCCGCGGGCCCCCCCAGCUCCCGAAGCUUCCCUCACAGAGCCAGAGGACCCUCGGCCUCGCAGAUCAACUCCAUCAUCGUGGUGGAGUGAGGCCCCGCCCGGCCACACCGACGCCGGGGGCGUGAGCACCGCCGCACCGACUGACACCUCGUCAUUAUGAAGGAUUUACGCAAACGGAAUCGCUUUCCACCUCUGCUGGGGACUGCUGCUUCGAGGAAUGGAGACUAGUUUCGAAUAAUUAAUACAGUCUGUAAACUCGCCAUUGCAAUGGCUGAAAUUUAUGGAUAACAGUACUGUUUGUGUUUAAUCAAUGUUGAUCGUUUUGUAUUGGUUUACAAUUUUAUAAUGGCAUUGCUUGAAGAUUGUGUCCUUGAAACAAUUUCACAAUACUUUUUAGCUGCUUUUUUUAAUGUACCAUAUGGUGUACAUUUUACAUAUUUUUUUUAAAUCGAGUCAAGCCACUCAAGCCAU